AUGUUCUGCAGAGAAAUCAGAAAGGUAGUCCCUAGCGACCUUAACUUGGGAGCCGACAAUACUUUAGAAGCCGUUGCCGUUCAUUUUACGAAUAAGGUAGUUUUAAAGUUGCGUUUCAAUGGGGAAUUGGACACUUGCUAUGAGAUACUCUCCAAGGGGUUGCCAGCUGAAGGACUGGGGAGCACUCCGCUUGGUAAGGUGGUUCUAAAUAGUGGAAUUGGCCCAGAAGAUGAAGACUUUGAGGAUCUGUCACCGAUUGAAGAUGGCCUUUCAAACUUUCAUGUCACUACAAGGCUUGGAAACUCUAAUGAUAUGAAACUACCUAUUGUGUGCACCCAAAUAGCUGAAAUGUACCAAAAGGCGGUGCUCCCAUCAAAUAUUGAUGGGCUUCGCGACAUAGCACCUUCGCGUGACUUUGUUGUUUCGCUUAGUGCCAAAAUGUGGAAAAGAGAUACAUCUGAGACUGAUUUCGCACUGCUGGUGUUUAUCUUGCAAACAAUUAAGGAAAUGUACAACUCUUAG